AAGAGCAAGUGCCUGAGCAAGCCCUCUGGGGAAACAGAGAAAGUGACAAGAGAAGCAAGGACUUCCAUCAAGGGAGAUAAGUGGAGCUACUUCACAGCUUGAGAGACAGAAGAGAAGAGAAAUCAAGUAUUUUACUUGUUACUGCUCAGUCUCAUGCCUGAGUUUCUUCAUUUCCCAUUACUCUGUCUGUCCUAACCUUCUCUACACGCAAUCUGUAACGUGUGGCCUGUCCAAGCAUGUCUACAAACGGAAUUAACAAAGCUUUGAAGCUGCAGUUUGGCCUCAUCAACUAUGAGAACCGCUACCUGACGGCUGAGGCUUUUGGAUUCAAGGUAAACGCCUCGGCUACUAGCAUGAAGAAGAAACAGAUCUGGACCUUAGAGCAGGAUGAGCAAGAUGGGCAAGUAGUCUUCCUCCGCAGCCACCUGGGACGCUAUCUGGCCUCUGAUAAAGAUGGUAAGAUCAUAUGUGGGGCAGAGAAGCGUGAUCCUGAAUGCCGAUUUCUUAUCGUACCCCAAGCUGACGGACGCUGGGCUCUGCAAUCAGAACCUUUCCAGCGUUACUUUGGAGGCUCGGCAGACUAUUUGUCCUGCUUUGCCCAAAUCAUUGGGGAACAAGAGCUGUGGGCCGUCCAUUUGGCUUUACAUCCACAGGCCAGCCUUCUCAGUGUGGCACGUAAGCGCUAUGCUCAUCUCUCUGCUUCAGAUGGAGAGAUAUCUGUGGACAGCAACAUUCCCUGGGGAGUGGACUCCCUCGUCACCUUGGUAUACCUCGAUGGCAAGUACAGCCUGAAGACCUGUGACAGCCGUUUCCUCAGCAACGACGGCAAACUUGUGAAGGAGAAUACCAAUGCAACUAGCUUCACUCUAGAGCUAAAAUCUGGCAAGCUGGCCUUUAAGGACUGUGACGGGAAAUACCUGGCCCCGGUGGGACCCACAGGAACGUUGCGGUCAGGCCGAUGCUCCAAGCCUGGAAAAGACGAGCUGUUCGAUCUGGAAGAGAGUCAUCCACAAGUAGUUUUUCAAGCUGCAAAUAAAAGAUUUGUCUCAGUCAAGCAAGGAGUGAGUAUUUCAGCCAAUCAGGACGUGGAGACAGACAUGGAGACCUUUCAGAUGGAGAUAGAUAAGGAAAGCAAAAAGUCUAUGUUCAGAACCAAUGGCGGAUCCUACUGGACAUUAGUGACUCAUGGAGAGAUCCAAUCCACUGCCACAGAGGUUGAGGUCAACACAAUGUUUGAUAUUGAAUGGAGGGGACAAAGGGUAGCACUCAAAGCAAGCAAUGGAAAGUACGUGUGUACAAAGAAGAACGGGCAGCUUUCAGCAGUCAGCGAUACAGUGGCUGAUGAUGAGUUGUUCCUGAUGAAACUCAUCAACCGCCCUAUGCUGAUCCUUCGUGGAGAAAAUGGCUUUGUGUGUCACCACAAGAACUCCAACACUCUAGAUGCGAAUCGAUCCGUCUAUGACAUCUUCACACUGAUUUUCAACGACGGCGCCUACAAUAUAAAAAGUGUGAACGGAAAGUUCUGGUAUGUCUCUAGCAGUGGCCUGGUGUGCUCAGAUGGAGAAAAGUCAGAGAACUUUUUCCUUGAGUUCCUGGAACAUGGACGUGUCGCCAUCAAGGGCUCCAAUGACAAGUACCUUCGUGGAGACCAGGGAGGCACACUUAUGUGUGAUGGCAAAUCUGUCGAUGCAUCUUCUCUCUGGGAGUACUGAUUCCCUUCAAUGUGGGUCUUCAGUGA